CUACCCACAUUCUGGGCACCGUCAAAUGGUUCAAUGUCCGCAAUGGCUAUGGCUUCAUUAACAGGAACGACACGCAGGAGGACGUCUUCGUUCACCAGACAGCCAUCAAGAAAAACAACCCCCGCAAGUUCCUGCGCAGCCUGGGGGAUGGCGAGACCGUCGAGUUUGACGUGGUGGAGGGCGAGAAGGGCCCGGAGGCAGCGAAUGUGACGGGCCCCGGGGGCGGGCCGGUGCGGGGCAGUCGUUAUGCCCCAAAUCGUCGCCGAUUCCGCCGGUUUCGACCCCCGUUUCGUCAA